AUGCCUGAUCAACCAUUGGCGUGUGGGGAAAUGCAGACGGAGUUGGAGGUCCACGACGGCGUGAGUGCGGGCAAGUACACCAUCGGGUUGGGGCAGGACGAGCUCGGAUUCUGCUGCGACCAGGAGGAUGUCAUCAGCAUGAGCCUGACUGCUGUCCAGCGGUUGCUAGAGAAGAACGGGGUGGACCCAACGCGCAUAGGGCGGUUGGAGGUGGGGACAGAGACGGUGAUCGACAAGAGCAAGUCCAUCAAGACCGCCAUCAUGACUCUCUUCGAGGCCAGCGGCAACGCUGACGUGGAGGGCGUUGAUUCGUGCAACGCGUGCUACGGUGGCACUGCAGCGCUGCUGAACAGUGUCAACUGGGUGGAGGGGUCGUCGUGGGAUGGCCGUUUUGCCAUUGUUGUUGCUGUUGACAGCGCUGUGUACGCGGAGGGCCCAGCGCGGCCAACAGGGGGAGCAGGCGCGGUGGCGAUGCUGGUGGGGCCAGACGCGCCCCUGGCAUUCGAGAGUGGGCUGGCGGGCAGCUAUGCCGCCCAUGCGUACGAUUUUUACAAGCCCAAACUCGCCAGUGAAUACCCUGUGGUGGAUGGCAAGCUAUCGCAGACGUGCUACACUAAGGCGCUCGACCACUGCUACCAACGCUUCUGUGACAAGUACGCCAAGAAGCAUGGCUCUGCGUUCUCAUUGGCUGAUACUGAAUCCGUGGUCUUCCACUCUCCCUACAACAAGCUCGUGCAGAAGAGUCUGGCAAGGCUAGUGUUCAAUGAUGUCAAGAGGGGAGUGAGCAGCUCGUAUCUGGGUGUGGGAGAGGCGGAUGCACUGCAGCCGUUUGUGGGACUGGAGGAAGAGAAGAGCCUCACGGACAGAGACCUGGAGAAGACGGCCAUGCGGGUGGCAGGGCCAGUGUACAGCAGCAAGGUGGGCCCCACCACCCUCGUGGGCAAGCGGGUGGGCAACAUGUACUGCGCCUCGCUCUAUGGCAGCCUCUCAUCGCUUCUUGCACAGCAAGGGCAGCAACUGGUACGUGUGGCGGCUCAAAGCAUGGGCCCUUCUCAUAUUGCUCUUAUCCUACGGCUCUGGCCUCAUGUCGCCGCUCUUCCUCCUCUCCCUCUCUGCCCCCAUCAGGAGGGGCAUCGCAUAUUGCUCUUCUCGUACGGCUCGGGCCUCAUGUCAACGCUCUUCUCGCUUACCGUGCGCCAAGCUGCUGACCCAUUCUCCCUCGCCACACUCACCGCUCAUUUGGACGUGCACCAGCUGCUCGAGUCUCGAACCAAGGUGGGUUUGUGUGCGCGCGUGUGUGAGGGAGGUUGGAUGCUGACAGUGCCCUCUUCAUGCCGUUACCAACCGCACAUUUCAGUGUGCAUUGACUGUCGUCCUUCUCCCUCGCUGCUCUCACACUCACUGCUCAUCUAG